AUGGAGUUUGGGGAAAGGAAGAGGAGAAGGAAGUCACAGAGCUUUAAACUGGUCACGGAUGAAGAAUUUGUCCCUUCAUAUAUGAUGAAUUCCAGCUGCAAAGAUGUCAAUGGAGAGUCUAAGGAUGCUGCUGUGCCUGAUGUCUGGCUGGGUGACGAAGGCGUGGAGAUCAAGAGGCAAAUCACAGGAAUGAUGAGGCUACUGAGUGAUAAGACCGGCAGGGUUUAUCAGCGUGUGGUAACAGAGCAAGACAGUUUAACAAAGGAGCUACAGGAUCGGCAUCUGACCUGGGUACAUCAGCCUGCACCUUCAUCUCUUAUAUCAGAGGACCACCAUAACAAUAGCUGGAACUCUGUAGGUGACCCAGGGCCUUCACCUUCAUCCAUAUCUACCCCCAUUGUCAACGGUCCGGGCUGUGGCCAGUACAGCACCCACUCUAAAGCCCCGAGGAUCCUCAACAAUACUAAGAAUCUGAACAAAGUGAAUGAAGCUAACGCAGAUGUAAUCCCUCCCGUUGUGCCAGAAACCCCCUGCUGUAUGUGUAACUGUAAGGGCACCUUGCAGGCUAUUUUGCAGGAACUGCGUGCCAUGAGGAGGCUGAUGCAAACUCAAAAAGCGUCCUUGGAAAGACAGGAACAGGCAGCAUCACCAUGCCAACCUCGUCUCGGUCCAGGCCCCGCUCCUCGCUGUAGGCCCCGCAAGAGGAGGCCAAUCUAUAAAGCGCCACUGACUGUGUCUAGCAAUAGAAAAGUUGCUCUUUCCCCUCUGGAGGCAUCGCCGCUUAUAGCUGCACCUGCAGAGUCUGGAAAGAGGAAGGAAUGUGCGAAAGAGCAAGCUUCAACAACACCAAACAGUCAUCCUGUCUGCUCUGAGGUUUCUGUGCUGCCACCUCAGAAUAAUACAGUAUCUGUCAACAACAGGCCCAAUCCCCUCCUGAGCCAGCUAAGGGAACCUCAGCAGGUUAGUGCUGAAGUGCGUCUUGCAGAGGAUCAUGACGUGUAUAUUUCAAAAGCUCAGCUAGACUCCAUCCUGGUUAACUAUACACGCUCUGGCAGCCUGCUGUUCCGGAAAUUGGUGUGUGCCUUCUUUGACGAUAUUACGCUGGCUAACUCCUUGCCAAAUGGUAAAAGGAAGAGAGGGCUCAAUGAUAACCGUAAGGGCUUGGACCAGAAUAUUGUGGGUGCCAUUAAAGUGUUUACAGAGAAAUACUGCACUGAACACAGAAUAGAGAAGCUGCCCGGGCCACGAGACUGGGUUCAGAUCCUUCAAGAUCAGAUCAAACUUGCCAGGAGGCGGCUGAAAAGAGAUGCUGCUGAAGCAGAAGAAGCUGUAAAUGGACCUACCACAAGCUUUGACUAUAACAAGCCUGCAAGUGUGGAGGGGACGGUGGUGAGCAUGACUGGUUGAUUCAAAGGCUGCCACAAUGGCCUUAUAGCUGAUUUGUUAAUUGUUUUCAUUACUGCUCUUUACUUGAUGCAUUUUGCCACUUUAGAUAUUUCCAUUGCAGCUGUAAUCUACUUUGUGAUAUGGAUGUAAAUGGAAAAAAAACCAAUAGGACCAAAUGAAGAAGAAGCCUGCUUAAUGAUAUCCUGUCUCUCACACUCUCUCUCUCUCUCUAUCACACACACACACAC